AUGGUCAGCAUCAAAAUCCGCAUGUUCCAUUUACGCUCCGUAAAUCGCCCCCCGCCCCACUCCCCGCUUCCCAAUUCCCCGAUUAACAGGUAUAACAAGCGCCUAGCACUCACCCGAGCGGGCAUCGGCGCAGCAAUCCUCCCACCAGAAGUGCGCAAGUUGGCCCUAACGUUCGCCGUGAGGAACAAGGACGGACACAUGGGUCCCCGGUAUGUAUGAUCCAAGCUACAUCGCCCCAACUGACUUGGAAACGUAACCAGCUGAUUUGGAAAAAAAAUUCAACGCUGGGUUAUUGUAGGAAAUUCUGGUACAAAUAUCUCCCCCGAUUGAAAUAUCAUAAUCCGGCCGUGGACAUGGAGGUGAGUCGGGAGGGGGUUAGUGGUGGUGAUGCCACUUUGGCUAUUGAAUUUGGUACAUCCCCCCCCCCCCCCUUCUGGCCCGUUGGACCCCUUUCCCGUGGUGGUGGUGGAGGACUUAGAGCUGAUUGAUGACUUUUUAUUGGGGGGUGGGGUGGGGUGGGGUAGAUGGUGGCAAGACGGAGACCAUUCAUGUAAAGCACAAACAUGAGAAUCAGAUUGCUCGCGCGGUGAUAGAGUUGACCAAGGCGAAGCCGGUGCCCACGUCUGAGGAGGAUGCGGAGAUUAUUGCACAGUACGAGUUAUAUAAGGUGCGGACGGAGGAGCAGCAGGUCAUCAAUGAGCGGAGGAGAGCCGAGAGGAGGGCCGAGAAGAAUGCUGUUGGGGGCAUUGGGAAGCUGGCUUAGUGUCAUCUCCUUCCUUCCUGUCUUGGGAUAUGUGGGCCCCACUUCAAUGCACUUUUACACCGACUCUUGCUUUUUCCUAUUUCACUUUUUUUGUGGAAAAGGGAUCCUUGGGGGUUUGUUAUUCCCUACGACUAUGAUCUUUGAUAGCUAUCCUACAUAAGGCGUUCGCAACGCUGCGUAGCGGCUUUUAGUGAGAGGGAAUAAAAGGUAUAAUAAGUCCCACAUAAGGGGAUGUAGGAAUUAAGAAUUCCACCAAG